AGUCUGGGCCAGAUGACCCACACACAGGAGGGGGCCCUGCCCAGACCCUCCAUCCAGGCUGAGCCAAACUCUGUGAUCCCCCACGGGAGGCAUGUGACCAUUGUGUGCCAGAGCACUGUGGGAUUUGAGAUAUUUCGCCUGGAGAAGGAGAAAGGCUCUUUUUUCAGAGAUGAGAAGAAUAAUUUAACGUCUAAUAAAGAGGCCAGAUUCUUCAUCACCUCAGUGAGCGAAGACACUGCUGGGCGUUAUUCCUGCCGCUAUCUUACAAGGAAUCACAAAUGGUCUGAUAUCAGUGUAUUCCUGGAGCUCGUGGUAACGAGACCCACACAGAUGCCUUCGGAAGACAGUAACAAUGGUGUCACACCUGCUCCUCGAGGCCUGAGGACAGAGCAUCUUUAUAUUCUUAUCGGGAUCUUGGUGGCCUUCCUCCUUUGUCUCCUCCUCGUAGUCCUCUUCUUCCUCCAUCUCCAGCAUCAGAAAAAACAGGGGCCCUGCAGCAGCAAGGCUGAGGAACAGAGGCCACAAGAGAGGCUCAGCCCAGCUGCUGAUGUCCCAGAGAGGACACCAGGCACAGCCACGGUUGACAGACUCCCUGAGAAGGACAGCGAGAUAGACACCUCAACCCCGACCCCUGCUUCAGGGGACCUCCAGGAGGUGACAUAUGCUCAGCUGGACCUCCAGGCCCUCACACGGAGGACAGCCCAUGCUGUGUCCCCAUAGUUCAUGGAGUCCAUGGCUGUGUCCAGCACCUAUGAAGCCCUCUCCAGACACUGA